AUGUCUGCCAGAAAACGCAAGUUUAAUAGUCUCAAACCGCUAGACACCUUGAACAGCUCUCGUGCCAGCUCUCCAAGGUCCUCUGCUUCUCUACCGCCCAAAAGAUAUAACACUUUUCGUAAGGAUCCGAAAAUCGUUGAUCAUCUAAACAAUGCUUCUACAAAGGAUUUCUUACCAGUUUUGAGUAUGAACAGCGAGAGUAAGAGGCAGAUCGAAUUGUCGGAUAAUGAUGUUGAUAAUAAUGAUGAAGGUGAAGGCGUCAACAGUGGCUGUUCAGAUCAAGAUUUUGAACCUUUGCAAAGCUCUCCUUUGAAAAGACACUCAUCACUCAAAAGCACUUCCAAUGGUCUUUUGUUCCAAAUGUCUAAUAAUCUGGGGAAUGGUUCACCGGAACCGGCAGUAGCGAGCACUUCUCCAAAUGGCUCAAUUAUUUCCACUAAACUAAAUUUGAACGGCCAAUUUUCUUGCGUUGAUUCGAAAACAUUGCGAAUUUAUCGGCAUAAAGCACCAUGCAUAAUGACUUUUGUCUCAGAUCAUAAUCAUCCGAAAUUUUCAUUGUAUUUUCAACAAUCGGUGAUCUACAAUUCACAAGUUAAUCUGCUUGAUGAUGUUGAAUUGAUAAUUUUAGAUAAGAAGAACUCUUUUAUGGCUAUAAUUUUAAAAGAUCUGAAAAAGGUCAAGAUGAUACUAGACGUGAAUAACUCUUCAAUCAACAUUAACACGAACAUCUUGAUAUGGUCCACUGCAAGCUCCGCUUCAAAUAAAAAAAUAAAGUCUAUUAAAAGAUUCCUGUUGAUGUCAUAUUCUUCGUCGAUAAAAGUCGAAAUUUUAGAUCAUAAAGAGCAGAUUUUGGAAAGACUAAAACAUCUGAUUCAUCCUAUUUCUUCGUCAUCACCUUCAUUGAACAUGGAAAGGGCAAUAAACUCCACUAAAAAUGCAUUCGACUCUUUAAGACUUAAAAAAACUAAACUUUCUACUAAUGAUGAUGAAAGUCCGCAAAUUCAUACUCAUUUCUUAUCAAACAAACCUCAUGGUUUGCAAUCCUUAACAAAAAGGACUCGUAUUGCCAGCCUUGGGAAAAAAGAGCAUUCAAUAUCUGUUCCAAAAUCGAAUAUUUCACCCUCAGAUUUCUACAACACUAACGGGACAGAAACUUUACAAUCCCACGCAGUUUCACAACUAAGACGUUCAAAUAGAUUUAAAGAUGUUUCGGAUCCAGCAAACUCAAAUUCAAAUUCAGAAUUUGAUGAUGCAACUACGGAAUUUGAAACACCAGAACUGUUUAAACCUAGCCUCUGUUACAAAUUCAACGAUGGUUCAAGCUAUACUAUAACAAAUCAAGAUUUCAAGUGUCUUUUCAAUAAGGAUUGGGUUAAUGAUAGCAUUUUGGAUUUUUUUACAAAAUUUUACAUUGAAUCAUCUAUUGAAAAGUCAAUUAUCAAAAGAGAGCAAGUUCACUUAAUGUCCUCUUUUUUUUACACGAAACUAAUUAGUAAUCCAGCAGAUUAUUAUUCUAAUGUAAAAAAGUGGGUUAACAAUACUGAUUUGUUUUCUAAAAAGUACGUUGUUAUACCAAUUAACAUAAGUUAUCAUUGGUUUAGUUGCAUUAUAACAAACUUGGAUGCGAUCUUGGAUUUUCAUCAAAACAAAGAUAAAAACGAUGCCAUCAACUCCGAUGAGAUUUCUAUAAAUAAUCCUCUGGUUAAUAUUUUGACUUUCGACUCGUUGAGGCAAACUCAUUCAAGAGAAAUUGAUCCAAUAAAAGAAUUUCUCAUAUCCUAUGCACUUGAUAAAUAUUCAAUUCAACUGGAUAAAACACAAAUCAAAAUGAAAACGUGUCCAGUUCCACAACAACCUAAUAUGAGCGAUUGUGGUGUUCAUGUUAUUUUGAAUAUUAGAAAAUUUUUUGAAAAUCCGGUGGAAACAAUUGAUGUAUGGAAGAAUUCUAAGAUUAAAAGUAAGCACUUCACCGCAAAAAUGAUUAAUAAAUAUUUUGAUAAAAAUGAAAGAAAUAGUGCGAGAAAGAAUUUAAGGCAUACUCUAAAACUCUUACAACUCAAUUACAUCAGCUAUCUGAAAAAAGAAAAUUUAUAUGAAGAAGUUAUGCAAAUGGAGGAGAAAAAAAGCACCAAUAUCAACAAUAAUGAAAAUUACGACGAUGACGAUGAAGAAAUUCAAAUCAUUGAAAAUAUAGAUCAAAGCAGUAAAGAUAAUAACGCGCAGUUAACCUCGGAACCUCCCUGCUCACGAUCAUCCAGUAUUUCAACAACAGAAAGAGAGCCGACAGAGUUGCAUAAUUCCGUAGUACGACAGCCCACCGGUGAAAUAAUAACUGAUAAUGAAGAUCCCGUUCGCGCUGCUUCUCCAGAAACAGCAUCCGUUUCUCCUCCCAUACGUCACAAUAUUUUAAAGAGUUCAUCUCCUUUCAUAUCAGAAAGUGCGAAUGAAACUGAACAAGAAGAAUUUACGUCACCAUACUUUGGAAGGCCGUCUUUAAAGACGAGGGCUAAGCAGUUUGAAGGCGUUUCGUCACCAAUAAAAAACGAUCAAGCCCUGUCAUCCACCCAUGAUAUUAUGAUGCCGUCGCCUAAACCUAAAAGGAUUUACCCAAGCAAAAAAAUCCCACAACUUUCCUCGCAUGUUCAAUCUCUAUCGACUGAUUCUAUGGAACGCCAAUCUAGUCCCAAUAAUACCAACAUUGUAAUUUCAGAUACAGAACAAGAUUCGAGGUUAGGAGUGAAUUCUGAAAGUAAAAAUACUAGUGGUAUUGUUAACAGGGAUGACUCGGACGUCAAUUUAAUUGGUAGUUCACUACCUAAUGUAGCGGAAAAAAAUCAUGACAACACUCAGGAAAGUAAUGGUAAUAAUGACAGUCUUGGUAAAAUACUUCAAAAUGUUGACAAAGAACUGAACGAAAAGUUGGUUGAUAUUGAUGAUGUGGCAUUUAGUAGUCCAACUAGGGGUAUUCCAAGAACCAGCGCGACAAGCAAGGGAUCAAAUGCACAACUUCUCUCUAAUUAUGGAGAUGAAAAUAACCAGUCUCAAGAUUCUGUUUGGGAUGAGGGCAGAGAUAAUCCUAUACUCUUGGAAGAUGAAGACCCUUGA